CUUUGUAUGUGCGUUAUCAAUGUUUACACUAUGUUAGUCAAGUGCGACCAAACUGAGAAAAUAACAUAACGUCUGAACCACUUGCGCCAGGUGCCCCCCUAGCUUGUCUAGGUGAAUAAGGUUACGUAGAUCCACACCCGAGGGAGCUUCCAAGAUGGUUCACUUAGCGCAUCCCCACAUUGGCUCUAGCAUUUGGCCCUAGCACUCUCCGAUUCAUGGUAUAUUUUUCUGAUGCGGUCGUCCUUGUCUUUUUUUCUUACAACGCCUGCCACCCUACCUACCACUCUUCCUCCAUCUCAUGCAGCACCUGCACUGCAAAUUCCUUUCAUCUAUUAAUCUUUUCUCUUCAUAACAGCCGAUUGUUCCUAAACGUUGCGUCCGGACGAGAAUCCGGAUCCUGUCACGACUCCUUUUCUACGUCACUUACACACCAUCCUCCCUCCAACGAUAUAGUAGAACGUCUAGUGGCGUAGAAGAAAGAACAGAAAAAAAGAAAAUAAAGAAAAGGUCCGCGAAGUAAAAUUCGCGAACACCAACAACAGUUCUAAAGGAGGAAGGGAAAAGGCACUAUCUGCCGCCGCAGCACUCAACGUUUGCCUCUAAAGCUUCAGUCUUCUGUCAGCUCAAGAACAAGCGCCAAGUGCUGUGCCAGCUAGUCGUAAGACCGAUACCAAGUAACGAAGCAAUGGUCCUAACAAAGCAGAGAUCACCUCGAAACCCGGAUGACUUUCCGACUGUCCAGCUCUUUCUAUUAGCCAUCGUUCGCCUAGCCGAGCCCAUUGCCCUUACUUCCAUCUUUCCAUAUGCCUGGGCCCUCGUCAAACGGUUCAAGAUCGGAAACGAGCAAGAUGCCUCAUUUUACGCCGGCCUCCUUAUUUCCUCCUUCUCUCUCGCCGAGGCCCUGAUGGGCAUGUUCUGGGGCGGACUCUCCGAUAGAGUAGGCCGUAAACCCGUUCUUCUGGUAGGAUGUAUUGGCACCAUGUUCAGUAUGGUAAUGGUCGGCUUUGCCACCAACCUCUGGGUUGCCCUGAUCGGUCGAGCGCUCGGCGGACUCCUUAACGGAAACAUCGGCGUUAUCCAGACUAUGGUUGGUGAAUUAGUCUCCAAACCUGAGCAUGAGCCCCGCGCGUAUUCCGUGAUGCCAUUUGUUUGGUCCAUAGGUACAAUUAUCGGCCCUGCAAUUGGAGGAAUGCUCGCAGAUCCCCAUAAGUCCUGGCCCAACGCAUUCCCUCAAGGCACUUUGCUUGCCGAUUUCCCCUACCUCCUCCCCAACCUUUGCUGUGCUGCUCUCCUACUGAUUAGCAUCUGCUUGGGAUACUUCUUACUUGAGGAAACACACCCUGACAUGGUACCACGAGUAAUGCUUCCCGAUGAUACAUAUGUUUCGGACGAGACUCCACUCAUGGAGACUUCAGAUGCGAUUAAGCAACCAGCUGUAGAUCUUCGUUCAGAGACGUAUGGGACUUUCCGAAACAGAAAUAGUGGUGAACUCAACCGUGACGCUAUUUGCCUCAAGGAACCAGAAAAGAAGGGACACUUCAACAUAUUCACCAAGCGCAUCAUGGCUUUGGUCAUCGCGCUAUCAAUUUUCACCUACCAUUCGAUGACAUAUGAUCAUCUCCUCCCUAUCUUCUUCGAAGAUGAUAAGGUCCCAAUUGAUCACACUCCUGAAGAGGGUCUCUUCUCAAGAUUCAACCCAUUUUAUUCUCCUGGUGGCUUAGGUCUUUCGAUGCAGUCUGUAGGGUUUGUGAUGGCUGUUAAUGGCGCUAUCGCACUCUUCGUCCAAAUCGUUAUCUUCCCUCUAGCCGCCGAGAAGAUUGGUGUGUUUAGACUCUUCCUCCUCGUUGCUGUCCUGCACCCAAUUGUCUAUGUCAUUGUUCCUACCUUGGUGCAUAUGCCCGAAUCCUUCUUAUACGCCGCGAUUUACGUCUGCCUGGCUGUUAGGAACCUCUUCUCCAUUAUUAUGUACCCUCUCCUCCUUAUCCUUAUUAAGGAUGCUACCCCUAGCUCUUCGGUUCUCGGAAAAGUGAACGGUCUCGCGGCUAGUGCUGGAGCCGCCUGCCGUAUGGUAGCCCCACCAGUUGCUGGAUAUCUCUACUCAAUUGGGUCACAGGUUGACUGCACUGGCCUUGCAUGGUAUGGUAGCGCUUUGGUCGCUAUCAUUGGCGCUUUCCAGUGCUUCUCGGUUAAGCGGGAUCGAAAUAACGUUGCCUCGGAGGAAGAUGGACCAAAAAUCGAGCGUCGCGCUUCGGGAGCAAGCACACCAUCAAUCUAAGAUGUGUUGCGGAGAUUAUAUAUCGUGUUAUCACGCUAUUUAGGCAAGAUUUAUGGGAGGAUGUUGAUGUGGUCGUCAAAUGAUUUUUUAUGAUUUACGAUUCAUUACUCUGGACGAUUAUAGGCUGGAAUGAAUCAAUGUUACUGUUUGCGAUUUCGGGGCGGGUUUGCUAGGCGUUUGGGGUUCGGUCCGGAAGACAAAAAAAGGGGUUGGUUUUGAUGUGCAACGAUAUCCUCUGACGCGCGCAUGGAUAGAAUAUGAUUUACUUUGCUGCAGGAUGGGCAUUCAGCGGGGAGAGGUAGUUAGCAUAUCUUGCAACUCUAAAGUAAUAAUAUAAUGGUGUUUGAAUUUGUAAA